CGUCAGAGCGCGCAUAGAGGCUCGUGCGCACGGUGUGCUGUGGUCGAAGUCUCUCUACCAGUCUGCUCCGGCGCAACGACGUCUACCGCCUGCUCGUCGCCCACUGGAUUAAAAAAAAAAUUAAAGUCACGCAGUUUACCACCGACAGAAACCGUUGGAGAGGAUGCAACAGGUCGGACUGAUUCCACUUAGAUGCCACUGAGCGGUGAGGAUGGGCCAGAGAAGGAAAUCACGCCGGUGAGGCAAACAAGCCUCGCGCCACCCCCCAAAACCCGCCGCCACACCGACUGACGCAGCAAUGCCCCGCCUUCCCACCUGAGUGCUCCCCUCUCCCUCACUUCUGCGCCUCCUUCCCCCCCUCGGUCAAAUCAGAGCCACCGCGGCACCCCCGGCCAGUCAGCAUGGCCACGCCCUUCCUGUGGAAGCUGUCGUCCCAGAAGCUGGGCUUCUUCCUGGUCAGCUUUGGGUUCAUCUGGGGCAUGAUGCUGCUGCACUUCACCAUCCAACAGAGAGCCAGCCACGAGAACAGCGGCGUGCUGAAGCAGCAGAUCCUGGACCUGAGCAAGCGCUACAUCAAGGCGCUGGCCGAGGAGAACCAAAGUGUCAUGGACGGGCCCUACGUGGGCACCAUGACGGCUUACGACUUGAAGAAGACCCUCGCCGUGCUGCUGGACAACAUCAUGCUGAGGCUGGGCAAGCUGGAGUCCAAGGUGGAGAACAUCUACAACGGCACAGGGGGCAACCUGACCAACGUCACCAGCACCGCCACGCCCAGCGCCACGAACUCUGAAAAAGUUAACGUGGCGGACCUCCUAAACGGAGCCCAGGAGAAGUGCGAGCUGCCGCCUUUGGAGGGUUUCCCUCACUGCGAGGACAAGGUCAAGUGGAUGAGGGAAAUGUGGCGCACGGACUCCUGCUACGGCAACUACGGCGUAGACGGAUCCACCUGCUCCUUCUUCAUCUACCUCAGCGAGGUGGAGAACUGGUGUCCCCGCCUUCCCUGGAGGACAAGGACCCUGGACGAAGAAUUGGACCGGAGGGGACAGGCGGAGGUCCGGACCAGUUUCGAGGAGCUGUACCGCGUGAUGUCACAGCGCGAGGAGUUCCGCUGGAUGAUGCUGAGAAUCCAGCGCAUGGCCGAGCCGUGGGUCGGCGCCGUCCGCUCGCUGGCCUCCAAGCAGAACCUGGCCAGGCGCCGGAGGAAGAAGAUCCUGGUGCACUUGGGCCUGCUGACCAAGGAGUCGGGCUUCAAAAUAGCAGAGAACGCCUUCAGCGGCGGCCCGUUGGGCGAGCUGGUCCAGUGGAGUGACCUCAUAACAACGCUGUACCUCUUGGGCCACGACGUCCGCAUCUCAGCCUCCCUGGCCGAGCUCAAAGAGAUCAUGCGCAAGGUCAUGGGGAACAAGUCCAGCUGCCCGACCCAGGGCGACAAGGUGGUCGAGCUCAUCUACAUCGACAUCGUGGGCCUCACCCAGUUCAAGAAGACGCUGGGACCUUCCUGGGUCCACUACCAGUGCAUGCUGCGGGUGCUGGAUUCGUUCGGGACGGAGCCCGAGUUCAACCACGCCCACUACGCCCAGUCCAAGGGUCACAAGACGCCCUGGGGGAAGUGGAACCUCAACCCGCAGCAGUUCAACACCAUGUUCCCUCACACCCCAGACAACAGUUUCCUGGGCUUCGUAGUGGAGCAGCACCUUAACGCCAGCGACAUCCAGCACAUCGACGACAUCAAGAGGCAGAACCAGUCGCUGGUCUACGGCAAAGUCGACAACUUCUGGAAGGACAAAAAGAAAUACCUCGACAUCAUCCACAGCUACAUGGAGGUCCACGGCACCGUGCACGGCACCAGCACCGUGCACCUCCCGAGCUACGUCAAGAACCACGGCAUCCUGAGCGGCCGAGACCUGCAGUUCCUCCUCCGAGAAACCAAGCUGUUUGUGGGUCUGUCCUUCCCCUACGAGGGUCCCGCCCCCCUGGAGGCCAUCGCCAACGGCUGCGCUUUCCUCAACCCCAAAUUCAACCCUCCAAAGAGCAGCAAGAACACCGACUUCUUCAAGGGCAAGCCCACGCUGAGAGAGCUGACCUCUCAGCACCCGUAUGCGGAGGUGUACAUCGGCCCGCCCCAUGUGUGGACGGUGGAUAUCGAAAACCCCGUGGAGGUGGAGAGGGCCCUCCGCUCCAUCCUCAGCCAGAAGAUUGAGCCCUACCUGCCCUAUGAGUUCACCUGUGAGGGGAUGCUGCAGAGAGUCAACGCCUUCAUUGAGAACCAGGACUUCUGCCACGGCCAGGUGAUGUGGCCCCCCCUCAGCACCCUGCAGGUGAAAGUGGCCGAGCCGGGACGCACCUGCAAGCAGGUGUGUCAGGAGGAGCAGCUCAUCUGUGAGCCCUCCUUCUUCCAGCACCUCAACAAGGACAAGGACCUAGCCAGGUGGGACACUCGCACGAUACACUUUCCUCCGUGUUCUAGGUGUGAUUUAAAAAGUGGCCAUCAGGUGGCAGCACACAACCGGUUUGAAUUCAAAUGGAUAGUUUGUCAUCUAGAGUGGAGAAUUCAAAUAAACUGCAGUGUCAUGUUAAAACCACCAGAGGGCCCAGUUUGUAAAGAUACCUUACUGGAAAAUGACUCCAGUAAAAGUGAAAGUCACCUCUGAGAAUACUACUUGAGUAAAAGUCUUAAAGUAUCUGAUAUUUACUGUACUGAAGUAUUUAAAGUAAAAGUACAAGUAAAUAAAAAAGCAAAGGGUCAGAAUUGUUAGAAUUAUGAAGUUUAUUCUUUUAAGUGCUGUGGCCACCAUGACCAAGGACAAUGAGUUGUGUUGAAAAUAAUUGAUUUGGCUGUGAUCCAUCCAGGAGCAACAAUGUUCAACAUAUAUUGUACAUAAGUAUACUUUUGAUCUCUCUCUCGCUCUCUCUCUCUCUCUCUCUCAGGUUUGGCGUGGACUGUCAGACGGUGGAGUCCAGUGCCGACACGCUGGUGCCGGCCUACAGCGACACCCGCCACCACUGCAUCUUGCAGUCCGACCUGCUGCUGUUCAGCUGCGCCGGCGCCCACCAGACGCUGCAGCGCAUCUGCCCCUGCCGCGACUACAUGAAGGGCCAGGUGGCGCUGUGCAAAGACUGCCUAUAGCACCGACAUGCAGGCCGAUGGGCGGGGGGGGAGGGGUUAAGUGAAGUCUGAGCAGCUAGUGUGUUUUAGAAUCUAUCAAACACACUUCUGUGGGAAGAUGUCUGGACAGAAGAGACUGCGUAUGUCCAUCAUAUUUAUAAUUCUCCUCCCCCCCCACCCCCCCCACCCCCCUUCCCGCGGCAGGAGGUGAAGCCGCCAACCUGAGCGUCCAGCCGGCCCCCCGUUUCUGUGGGUGUGAAAUUACUUGAAUCCGCAAAAAGGGAGCCGUCGGAGUACAGCAAAACGAGCUGCCUCCUCAUUUGGUAGACUGCACCGAUCUUCAGGUUCAGGGCAGCAAGGGACCAAGGAGGCUCAGCUCAGCCCCCCCUGUCCCCCCACCCCACCCCCUCCCCUCCGCUCAGCCCCCCCUGUCCCCCCACCCCCUCCCUCUGCUCCAACCCCUCCAUCUCCCCUGGUCUAAUCUGAAACUGUUUAUUCUUUAGGUAGGUUUGCACUGGACUGGCUCGCCAGAAGGCCCGCAACACACGCACGCACACGCACACACACACACACACACACACUCUCUCACACACACGCACAUGCGGCUAAAGAAGAACCCAGUUUUACACUGUAACCAACUUGUUGUCUCGCUCGUACGAUCAUGACGAGGGCGGACUGUAUCGUAGAUCUCUAGAUACCCCUGUCCCUUGACCCUAAAGCAGCGGCCCUUGUUUGCCCUUUAAAAGAGAGGAAAGUCCAGUGGGGAUCAGCCACUGGACUUUUCAUUUUCAGACAUUCACUUUUAAAUUGCACACUUGCUUUAAAUGUCAGUUUAAUUUAAAAAAGAAAAGAAAAGAGGAUCGAGUGUGUGUGUUUCCACAAAAAGGCCAGUAGAGGAGCGUAGAAAUGUCUUCCGGUAGCUAAAGCUGUCGUGUACAGGAGUCGCUGUGUCGUAGGAAGUUGUCGUGGUGACGUAGAUGAUAGCGGUGGUGACACCUAGUUAACAGGAAGACUGCAGAGGAACAUGAAAACAUAACCGAGGUGUUUGUCCGUGUUCAUGUACAAAAACACAAACACACAGAUCCACUCGCCGUAAAAGAAGCGUCAUCGCCUCCUCUCUUUCCUACGAAUCGUUAGGAUUCUGAUUUGCCUGCAGAUUUGCAAAAGAAAAUUAAUAUAAAAGUCAAAUUCAAGAGUUAUUGUGGUGAAUUGGAGAAAAGAAAUGAACUACGGUAAUCUAUUUGAGGUUUAACAAGAUAUUAGUAACACUGUAUAUUGUUUAUAAGGGUUUUAAAGGUUUUCUUUUUUAUUUAUUUUGUAUACAAAUCUUUAUUUGUGUUUUUGCCGGAAAUCUUUCUUUUUUUAUUUAUAGGAGGGGUGUGUCUUUUUUUUCCUUUUUUUUUUAAUAGAUUUUUAUUUAUGGAGAGUAAUUUAAAAACAAUACGAAAAAAAGAGCUUGCUUGUCUUUAAGUGUACGAACAGGAUGUGGAGGCUUCGUCUGCUUCUGUUCAGCCUUCAGCAGUGAUGAGAGGAGAAGUUUAGAGUCUUGCUGGUCGAUUCAGCAAUUUUUUUUAUAAAUACAAAGUUUUAACAACAACAAAUUAUUUGAUGUUUUACUCCUUUAAAAGCAAAAAACACGCAUGAGGAAAAUCUUUAGCGUUGAAUAAUAAGAGCGACUGUUUUAACUACAGAACGGGGAUCGUCUUCAUCAUCAUCAUCAUCACUGUUAAAAAUGGACAGCGGUGGACGCGUGCCUCGUUUCAGUGACAGCCAGCAGGAGCCUCGUACACGUCGUGCUUUCAUUUCCAAUCACGUUUCUUUCCGUUUGCACGUAUGAAUCCGCCCACCUGCACCGUCUCACUGUCAGCCGUCACUUUUACGUUGUUUUUGUUAGGUUUUUUUACUUUUGUAAACGGGUCAGUGAUCUGCCGCCAAGUCAGCGUUUCAAAGAACAUGAUGUGCCUUUUUUAACGGUUCAGUUCGGUCCCGUUUGAUUAUCAGCGACAGUCGGCUGCGAUGCGUCUGAAAUAAAUACAAAUAAAACCCACUUGUUGAUACAAGUUUUCAAUCCCAAAUCUAACUCCACAUAUCACUUAAAGGAUUCCUUCGCUCUCUCUCUGGAGUCAGUUCUAUGGGUCACACUCAUUUAAAUCAUCUUAGUUUCUCAUCUAAUUUCAAGUUAAUACAAUUAAAAUCUGUUCAAUUGAAUCGGUCCGAACCUUGUGAUUAGUUACAUUUGGUUGAGGAAAACACUAUUCUGAUUGGCUAUUUAACACAUGCUUGCUGUAAACACCAGAAAGUACAUGUUUCACAAUAAUUGGAUUUCCUUCUUCAGCAGCAAUAUGAUUUCAGAAACAUCCAUGGAAACAUAAUUUGGUGUCCUUUUUUUUCUCCAAUUAGGAAAUGGGAUUUGUAUUGUUUUUACAUGAAAACUGUUGAGUACAAACACGAAAACAGUGAAACCGUCAAACCGGUUUUGCUGCAGUGGAAGCCUUAUUUACUUUGUCAGGCUUAUUCUAAGCAUGCUGGCGAGCGGUCUCUAGAGAACCAGGCGGUUCCCUAGAGAACCGGGUGGUUCCUUCACCGUAUCUGUCUGUUAACCUCGGCAUCGAAUGUCUCCGUUGGACAAAAAACUAACAAACGUGCUACUUACAGCCACACAAACAUGUAAUCUUUUUUUUUUUUUUGCAAUCUCGACCUUGUUGGAAUCAGUCGGUAAGCAACCAGCGUGUGAAAAUAUUGUGGUUUCAAAGCAGCGAAUAACACAUAAGGUGAAUAACGCAAUGACAACUUUUUGUUUUGUUUUUGUUGUUUUCACAGUCCUUGAUGGGUAAGAGGGAUAUAACUUUAUUUUUAAAUAAACCUUUUUUCUGUGACAAAAGG